AUGCCUGCUUCUAUCAAGGACGUCCCUCCAGAAAUCUUCGAGAACAUCCUAUCCCACAUCCGUCCUGUAGACUACCUCAAAGUCAAACUCGUCUCCAAAAGCUUUUCGGACUGGGCUUCCAAUGUUUUCAAAUGGGAAGACAUGACUAUGGAGGAGGUGGUGCAGGGCCACACCAGCGUAGAAGCUAGCCUUCCAAGGGGUCGACGUCUAAAUUACUGCAUUUGCAAGCACUGCGGACUGGUCAAACCUACCAACGAGUUCUCCGACAACCAGGCCGUGAAGACCAACCACAAGCGCAUUUGCAUCUCAUGCGGGAUCGGCUACAACACCUACACCAAGCGUCAGUUGCCGAAGAUCAAUGGAGAGGAACACAUACCCUGCUGGCAUUGUAGGAAGGCUGUUCCGAAGUACGACAACUGGGAGGAGAUACUUGUAUCAGGAAAGGCUGUUUUGACGAAGUUGCUUGAAGAAACCACGCCUGAGGGCGACCCAAUAACAUACAUGACAUCAGAUCGUAGAAAGUUGUUCGUACUCGAGCCGUUUGGGGAACAGCAAAAAGCCAAAGAGCAUGACCAUUUGUACAACGAAUACAUGAACUACCUCAACCCGGACCUCAUCAUGGAGCGGGCUUGGGAGCAGAAAAAGGCCGAUGAGCAUGAAAAAGCCAAAGAACAUGAACGCUUGGACGGCGAAUAUCAGGUCUUGGCCCGUGAGACGGCCGAUCUGCAUAGCUUCCUAACGCACAUAAAUCGGUUGCUCGACGAUCCAGACAAUGAUGCCUCGCAGUUGGACAUGCAGCAAGACAUCAAGGUAACUCAUGAGCGGAUGAUUUCGCGAAACGAGGAUUUGAUGGCCGAAAAAAUGCAGUUCAUGAAGUGGUUGCGCAAACCAGAUGAAGAUUACAUGAAAUGGGAGGAUGCUCCCAAGGCUGCGUCUGCUGAUGAGAGCAGCGCAGCGAACAAGUAUGAAUCUGAGAUGUAUGAUGAGGGGCGGAGCUCUUUCAAGGUGCCUGAAAAGAAUGGCGGAACGGAAGAGAGCUCCUGGAAAUAG